AACGCACAACAACAACAACAACAAGCAUCACUCUCCUCCAAGCUAAUAAAAAGAUCAUUAAGUUAAUUAACUUCACCAUUGAAAACAAAAAACGCAUCACUCUCUUCAUCUUCUUGUUCCUCUUCUCCUCCCUCCUCCUGCAACUACCCAAAAACACAAGACAAAAUGACAACAAAACCCAACAAUCUCUUAACAACAAAACCAUCACCUUUAACAACAAUGGUAGUAUUCUUAAUCCUAUGCAUUCUUGGUUUCUACGCCUUCCAUUUCCCACACACACCCCCACAUUCAAACAACACCUCCACCUUCCAAAACCUCUUCCUCUCAUCUUCUUCCAACUCCACCAUCUCCUCCUACCUCCGCACCCUCACCAUGCACCCUCACCUCGCCGGAACUAAACCCAACUCCGACACCGCUAACUUUGUUCUCAACCACUUCAUUUCCUUAAACCUUAAAACCCACACAACAUCUUACAACGUUCUUCUCUCUUAUCCAUUACACUCUUCACUCUCCAUGCACUUUAACGAUGGUUCAUCUUCCAACCUUGGAUUAACCGAACCGGGUUCAUCUGGUUCAGACAUGGUUCAUGCCUACCAUGCUUAUUCACCAUCCGGUUCAGUUUAUGCUAAGGCGGUGUUUGUGAACUACGGAAGAGAUAGAGACUACCGUGCAGUUGGCGUAAGCAUUAAGGGAUGUAUAGUGAUAGUAAGAAAAGGUGGUGGUUUAGGGAGGAACACGGUGGUUGAAAAGGCUGAGGAAAACGGUGCUGUAGCGGUUCUAGUUUAUAAUGAUGAGAAUGACACGUGGCGUAAUGGGUUUGAGAGAGGUCACGUGAUGAAAGGUGUAGGGGACCCACUUAGUCCUGGUUGGGGUAGUGUUGAAGGUAGUGAGAAGUUGAGUUUGGAUGAUAAUGAAGUUUUGAAAAGGUUCCCUAAAAUUCCAUCUAUGCCACUCUCUGCUCAUGUUGCUGAUGCUGUUUUGUCUUCACUUGGUGUUACUCCACUUCCCUUAGAAUGGAGGACUACCCUCAGAGCUAAGGGUAUUAACCAUGUUGGUCCUGGUCCCACUAUGCUCAAUUUUACCUACUUGGGUGAAAAGAAAAUGGCCACCAUUCAAAAUGUUUUUGCUGUCAUAAAAGGAUCAGAAGAACCUGAUCGCCAUGUUCUUCUUGGGAACCAUAGAGAUGCAUGGACUUAUGGUGCUGUUGAUCCAAGCAGUGGGACAGCUGCCCUACUUGACAUUGCUCGUCGAUACUCUAUUCUACUGCAUUCAGGGUGGAAGCCAAGGAGGACAAUCGUUCUCUGCAGUUGGGAUGCCGAGGAAUUUGGCAUGAUAGGAUCAACUGAAUGGGUUGAACAAAACCUUAUCAAUCUGGGUUCCAAAGCUGUAGCAUACCUUAAUGUGGACUGUGCUGUUCAAGGCCCUGGUUUCUUUGUUGGCUCAACUCCUCAGCUAGACAGUCUUAUUCUGGAGAUCACGAAAAAGGUCAAGGAUCCUGAUUCUAAGGGUGUAUCAGUAUACGCGUCAUGGGCUGCUGCCAAUGGAGGCAAUAAUAUUCAAAGGCUUGGUAGAGUUGAUUCCGAUUUUGCUCCUUUUGUGCAACAUGCCGGUGUUCCAUCCAUUGAUAUUUAUUAUGGAAAAGAUUUUCCUGUCUAUCACACUGCUUUCGAUUCCUAUAACUGGAUGGCAGAGUAUGCAGAUCCAUUCUUCCAGCGUCAUGUUGCUGUUACUGGAAUUUGGGGCCUUCUAGCCCUUCGCCUGGCCGAUGAUUCCAUUCUUCCUUUCAAUUACCUAUCAUACGCAAAUGAGUUACGGUUGUAUCGGGACAAAUUGAGUAACAUGUUAGACCAUAAAAUGUCUCUGCAUCCGUUGACAACAUCAAUCCAAGAAUUUGCGUGUGCUGCCAAAGAAGUUGAUGAUGAAUUAAAGGAACUUAAAUUGGUAGAAACUUCAGGUCAAUUUGUGGAUAUGAAAAGACGAGCUAUGAAUGACAGAUUAAUGCUUGCUGAAAAAGGCUUCCUAGAUGGAGAUGGACUUAAGGGAAAGCAGUGGUUCAAGCAUCUUGUUUUUGGGCCUCCCAACGACGCAGAGAAAUUGGAUUUUUUUCCUGGUAUUGCGGAUUCUAUGACUAGGUCAACUGGCACAAGUGAAAGAGAAAGGCUAGCAGAAAUUCAACGUGAGAUCUGGAGGGUUACAAGAGCCAUUCAAAGAGCUACUUUUGCAUUGAGAGGAGAAUUUACCUAAACACUAAAAUAUAAAAACUGAUCAAGAGUAGAUGGAAGUGACUGUGUUUGCUUUACUUGUAAAUAUCAGUGUCUUUUUAUCCCCACAACAAGAGUUGUGGUCAGCCAUUUUGAUGUGCUUAACUGUACAUUAAGUAAAGAGGAGUGCUAUAUCCCGCGAAGGUUUGUCUCAAGAGGGAUUCACGAUUACCAAAUCAACCAAUUAAAAUUUUGUAUCAGCCAGAAAACACACUCAUGAAUAGCAUUACAGUUGUGUCUAACAUGCCAAUUUACCAUUUCCCUCGAGUAAAACAAAAGGGAAACCCAUUGUUUCAG